GCCGCCAUGCCGGGGCCGCGGACGCUCGCCAACCUGGUGGAGUUCUUCGGGAAGGACGGCUUCAGCCGCAUCCACGAGAUCCAGACCGAGAGCUGGUGGCUCAGGUGCUCCGCGCGGAGGGGGCUUCGCCCCAGAGAGCCAACAUGGGGUCCUGGCAGGAGUAUCGAGACCUGCGGGGCAGAUCCACUGGCCUCAUCUCUGCGGAGGGUGAACAGUGGCUCAAGAUGAGAAGUGUGUUGAGACAAAGAAUUCUGAAACCGAAAGAUGUGGCCAUUUUUGCAGGAGAAAUCAACCAAGUUAUUGCUGAUUUAAUUGAAAGAAUCUACUUCCUCAAGAGCCAGGCGGGAGAUGGAGAUACAGUGACCAACAUCAAUGACCUUUUCUUCAAAUACUCAAUGGAAGGAGUGGCCACCAUUCUUUAUGAGAGUCGCCUGGGCUGCCUGGGCAACAGCAUCCCGCAGUUGACCGCGGACUACAUCGAGGCCCUGGCGCUCAUGUUCUGCACGUUCAAGACCUCCAUGUAUGCUGGCGCCAUCCCCAGGUGGCUCCGCCUGCUCAUCCCCAAACCCUGGCAGGAAUUCUGCAGGUCCUGGGAUGGACUCUUCAAAUUCAGCCAAAUUCAUGUUGACAACAAGCUGCGCGACAUACGCUGCCAGAUGGAAAGAGGGGAGAGAGUGAGAGGAGGGCUGCUCACCUACCUCUUCCUCAGCCAGGAACUGACCCUGGAGGAAAUCUACGCCAACAUGACUGAGAUGCUGCUGGCCGGUGUAGACACGACAUCGUUCACCUUGUCCUGGGCAGUAUAUCUCCUCGCAAGGCACCCAGAAGUGCAGCAGGCCCUGUACCGGGAGAUCGUGAGGAAUCUGGGGGAAAGGCACGUUCCCACGGCCGCAGACGUCCCCAAAGUCCCGCUGGUCCGAGCUCUGCUUAAGGAAACCUUGAGGCUGUUUCCAGUGCUGCCGGGGAACGGCCGGGUCACCCAAGAGGACCUGAUUGUUGGCGGGUAUCUGAUUCCCAGAGGCACCCAGCUGGCCCUCUGCCACUAUGCCACAUCCUAUGAGGACGCGAACUUCCCUCGGGCCAAGGAGUUCCGGCCUGAGCGCUGGCUGCGGCAAGGAAACCUGCGCAGGGUUGACAACUUCGGGUCCAUCCCCUUCGGCUAUGGGGUUCGAAGCUGCAUCGGGCGGAGGAUUGCAGAGCUGGAGAUCCACCUGCUCGUGAUCCAGCUGCUUCAACAUUUUGAGAUCAAAACGUCUCCUUGGACUAAAACUGUUCACGCAAAAACCCAUGGGCUGCUGAUGCCAGGGGAGCCCAUCCACGUGCGUUUUGUUAACAGAAAAUGAGCCUGGUGUUUUUCACCCCGCCACCAGACCGACACACCGCAGGUGUCUGUGCGCCAUGGAUGACGGCAGGGGAAGAAAGAAUCCCUUCUCGGGCCAUCUUGGUAGUAGACUGGCCCCCUCGGUCCUGGGAAACUUUGAAAUCUUUUUGCGAAGUAAUGUGAGAAGGUUACUUUGGCAUUCCAGAGUCGCCUUUUUUGUUUUGUUUGCUUUUUGAGUAACGGCUGUUGAGAAGCCAGUGGCACUGCAUUCUCAGGCCCCGUAUGGUGUCUUGCCCUUGGACCUACCCAUAAUCUGCUCUGCAUUUGGGCCAGGAAGUGUUGGUAUACUUACAGUCAGUGCUUGGACGUACCGUCUCUGAUACCGCAUCAGGACUGCAUCUUAGGACAGAAUUCCAACGUCUUAUCUUGAAGAGGAAACAUUAGAGGCUUCUGUAGAACAGACCUGUUACCAAGGAGGGUGGGUGAGGGAGAGAAAGACUGGGAAUGUAGAAUUAGCUGUAUAGUACAGGAAGCUGUAUUCAGUAUCCUGGGAUAAGCCAUAAUGUAAAGGAAUAUGAAAAGGGAUGUACAUAUAUGUAUAACUGAAUCACUUGGCUGUACAGCGGAACUGAACAUUGUAAAUCAACUAUAAUAAAAUAAAUUUUA